GCAGGGGCUUAGGGAGAUAAGAUCGAAAAUUGAUUCCUCGUCGAAUGAAGCCCCCCCGAGCGAGCGGUGCGCCUCGUUCCCUGGAAUAUCAGCCUCCAGCCCUCCACCAGUUCCCAGACGACGCACAGAAAACGGAGAUCUGCGUAGAACUAAGAGGGGGGACUCGCGCACGCACGCAGGCCAGACCUCCCGCUGACGCUGCCGUCCUCUUGACACCACAUCGGACACAACCCACAGAAAGCGAGGUGCCUUACUUCAGUGACCUCCUCUGUGCUGCCUCUCCACACUCUCCCACAGCCACCCGAAGCCCCAACUCUGCGACUCAGCCAUAGAAGCAGAAGGAACAACAGCUGGAAACAGUCUCAUCAGGAAUACGUAAGCACAGCAGCCCCUCCCUGUCCCCCCUUUUACCCUCACUUCAGCCUCGCACGUUCCCCGCCCCGGCCAGCCCGUACCAGGAGGAUGUGGGCGUGGUGGUGGGCAGCGGUGGCGUGGGUGUCCUUGACGGGGUGUUCAGCGUGGUCAGGGGACAACGCGAACCAUAAUUUUGCUACAACACACAGACGCUCUCCUGACUGGACCUUCUCGUCGCCUAAGAACGCACGACGGACUCUCCUGCGCAGGAUGUGGGAGGACAGCGCGCCGGGCCCCCACCACCCCAUGCUGCCCGCCACCGCCUCCGACCCCCCGCCCCCGCCAGGCCCGGCCCACUUGAGCGCCAACAGCCUGCUGCUCGGCGAGGAGGACUAUGACGACGCCCCCAGCGAGCUCUGGAUCAGUCAGUCCGCCCUUCACCCCAACCGAGGGCACGGCUCCACGCACCUCGAGGGUCUGCAACACCUGCUGGAGGGGGAGGUGGGGCCCAGACUGGAGCAGGUGGGCACACAGGAAGGCGCCGCACAAGAGGAGGAGGAGGAGGAGGAAGAGGAGCAUAAGGUGGAGGAAGAGGAGGAGGAAGUCAGCCGAGGCGUCUCAUUCAGAGAGCCGCACGUGAGCCAACACCAGCUCUUCGGCAAGGACCUUGACAUGUUUCCUCAAGGCGGCAGCGGAGUAAGGCAGGAGAGCCCGGACUUCGCUAUCCCCCCGGUGCAGCCACCCUCCCUCAGCCAGUACGACUACCCGCAGAGGCCCAUCGGCAGCCCCAACACACUCAACAAGGAGCUACUGAAGGACCUUCGGAACCAGCUGGCCAUGGAACAGCUGGGUCGCAACGGCCAGUUUUCCGGAGACUUUCUUGGCCACUCGCCGAUGAUGGAAACUACAGAUCUUGGUCAGCUGCCUCCAGAUCUCGUGCCAGCCGGCCAGUACUCUGAGGGGCUGCCCAGAGAAGAAGUGUUCAUCAAGAACCUCAUGGGCAAUGGUCAGCUCACGAACAGCGACAGCCAGACAAACCUCCUGGGAAGGGUCGGUGCUCCUGACUACCCCGACCAUGCGGCCAUCCCAGACAUGCUUUCCAGUCACCACGGCUUCGGGGAGUACAUGCAUCAACACAGCUACGCCGCUCCUGGCCAGAACCCCGACCUGCAGGGCCUCCCCCAUCAAGGCGGCGAGGGCGGGGGGUCUGGGUGGCUGCCGUCGACGUUGUCUAGACUCAACCUGCCUUCCGCCGAGGACAUGAUGGAGCACUUGACAGACAGGUACCUGGCGCCCGCCGAGGCGUGCCAUGCGCACCACCUGCACACCUGUGGCGGGAGGGUGAUCGAGGAGUUCUCGCACGAGCCGGACUACGCGGACACCUGCAGGAUCCGGGAGGAGUUUCUUAACUGCAUGGAGAAGAAGCAGAAGGAGGAAUGUCGCCCCGAGGGACUGCUCUACACCAAGGAGGGAACGCGACGCAUCAUAAAGAGAAUCAAAAAGCUGCUACGGUCGGCUCGCGGCUGCAUCCUCUCCCGUUCCCCCUAGAGCGGCCCAGCCACCCCCUCCACCUUCACCCCACUGAUACUAUCCCUCCACAGCUACUAGUCCAGGGCUGUGGAGAUAGUCAGGGCGUCAGUUAGCCAAAGUUCACGACUCUGCCUGCGUGCCCCCUUACAACCCUGGCAAGAGGCCCCUCUCCUGCCCGGCACCAUCAACCCUCCACCUCCACCACCACCCCUACGCUUCUGACACUCCCCCUCCACAACCAUUAGUCCUUCGAGGUGGAUAAAGUCCUGGGGUCAAACAGCCAACGCCCACGACCAUGUGUGUGCGCCAACAGCAGUGACAAGAACCUCCCGGCGGCAGGUGUUGCGUGACCCUGCUCGGUGGCUUCAGGCGCUCAAGGCAGAGCGUCUCCAAGCUUUUGAUAAUUUGAUAAAUGCCUCGACGCCUCCUGCCUCCUGCCUCCCGCCUACUCUGGUCGAAGCAGAGGCCGUUCCUCAGGCCAGAAGUAUUAAGUUCUGCACCAACGCAAGAAAAUAAAGCUAGACUGUGACAUUUUUUUUUUCAACACAACCAGUUUUUUCAUCCAUCUUCGUCUCGACCGCUCUCCCUAGUCCGGCUUAAGAAGACCGUGCCCUAUUCAUUGUCUCCUUCUCUGUGUAUUUUAAGAUGUUUCUUCAUGCAUCCAAAUAAUAAACAGACGUCUCAGUGCUCUAAGACUCAUAAGAUUAUGCCCUUAUAUCUCUCAUUUUCUAUCUCUGCAAUACUUUUUCACACAAACCAUCUCUCUCUCGAACAAAUAGUCACUUCUACGAAACUCUAGAAACACUUAUAAGAUAUGUACACUUAGGAUAACUGACACUAAUAAAUCGCCCACUAGAAACAGGAAUAAAAAGACAUAUAAGACUGGGCUGGAGGGUUUUCAGAAAAUAAUGUAACUUAUGUCGCCAGAUACAGAAUACUUCCCCAUGUCAUGAGCUUUGUGGUGACCCCUUGCGGCGAGGGUGAGUCACCUCACCCUCGCGGGACAGAUCGCAGAUCUUGCGCCCUUGUGUCCAGCCCGAGGUCACGACACACGCCUAUGUAACACAUGUUUACGUAAUAAGAUAUUUUCCUUG